AUGGGAGCUGAUAUACUGUUCUGGGAGGCAUUUGUCAAAAUGGGGAUUGAUGUUGGAAAACUGAGGCUCUCCCCUACGCCGUUAAAGGGUUUCUCAGGACAUACCAUCCAGCUAGUAGGGGCGAUCAUGCUCCCAGUAACUGCGGGCACGGGGGUGCAGACAGCAACCACGAUGACCGACUUUUUAAUAGUGAAAGCUCCUUCCUCUUACAAUGCCAUACUGGGCAGACCGACACUCAACCAUUUGAGGGCAGUAACGUCCACCUACCACCUCAAGAUGAAGUUCCCAACAGAUGGCGGCAUGGGAGAGGCGAGAGGCGAGCAAGCCCUGGCUCGAGAAUGUUAUGUGCAAGAAUUAAAGAAAGUCAAGAAGGAAGUUUGCACGUUUGCAGGACAGGAUGGCACCUUGCGAGAGAGAGAUAUAGAAGUCAGGGAUGACCAAGUUCAGCAACAUGCGGAAUUCAACGAACCUCUGGAACUCGUGACAUUGUACGCUGACCACCCUGGGACAACUACCCGAAUCGGGACACAAGUCCCACUAACAGAUAGAGAAGCCCUGAUAAAGUUGUUGAUAGAAAACAGGAAUGUCUUCACAUGGAGCCAUGAAGAAAUGCCUGGUAUAGACAACGACAUCAUUGAGCAUUACUUAGGCGUGGACCCGUCGCACAAGGCAGUGAGACAGAAGAGGAGAUCGUUCAGCGCAGAGAAGUACGCUGCCAUUAGUGAAGAAGUUGAAGGGUUGCUUGCGGCCGGCUCCAUCAGAGAGACCCACUACCCAGAGUGGUUAUCCAAUGUUUUCCUGGUGAAAAAGGCGAAUGGGAAGUGGAGAAUAUGCUACAGUGGGGUAUCAUAUGUUGAGCUUUAUGGACACAUAUUCGGGUUACAACUAGAUACGGAUGAAUGCAGCGGACAAAGAAAAGACAUCUUUCAUCACAGACCAAGGGCUAUAUUGCUACCAGGUCAUGCCCUUUGGACUGAAGAAUGCAAGGCAACCUACCAAAGGCUGGUAAACCGGAUGUUCAGGGAACAGAUUGGGAAAUCUAUGGAGGUUUACGUGGAUGACCUACUAGUAAAAAGCAAAGAGCCUGCCCAGCACCUUUUGGAUUUACGAACGGCGUUUGGAGUCUUACACCUUUACAGAAUGAGACUGAACCCGUCAAAAUGUGCUUUCGGGAUCCAGUUGGGAAAAUUUCUGGGCUUCAUCUUGUCCGAAAGAGGAAUUGAAGCCUCUCCAGAUAAAAUAGAGGCCAUAAUCAAUAUGAAGCUACCACAGAAUCUGAAUGAGACUCAACGACUAGCGUGGAGAGUGGCCGCCCUGGGAAGGUUCAUAGCCAGGUCAACAGACAAGUGCCUCCCCUUUUUGCAAUUGUUGCUGAAGGUACAUCCUUGGAAUGAGCAGUGA